AUGAUGAAACACUUGUUUGGACACAAGACGAAGAAAGACAAUGUGCCUGACAACAUCCCGCCAAUGACAUCGUCAUGGCCGACCGCCAUGGAACGGGUCAACGCGGCACGACAAGCGAGCGCUCUGGACGGCAGUAUUUGGAUGCCCACUCGAUCCAUGUCAGCGCAGACAAGAAUGUUGUUUUGUUCUGAAACUGGAAAAGAGUUGCUGAGGCGUUAUGAGGACUGUAAAUUCGCAACUAGUAAAGAGGAUGAAGAUUCCGAAGAAGCAGAAGAGGCUUCCACGACGAAUGACACUGCGAUAGCAUCAUCAGCAUCAUCAAAGACAAAAUUGCACAAACCUGUCAAACCCAAUCGACUACUGUGUCACGCUCUGACCAAUGCCAAUGGAGAUUCCUGGAGGCGGCAACGUCCACUGGUUCAGCGUGCUCUGGGAGACGCCGCUGUGACCAAGACCAUUGCUGUGCCAGCCGCCACCAGAGCAGCCGUGGAGCUGCUAAAUAAUCAAGCUGCACAACAUAAUACUGCCAAAUUGGAAGUCAGAGAAUUUGCCCUGCAAGUGGCGACUGUCACCAUGAUGGCUGCCGUAUUUGGGCAUGGCGUGGAAGAUACGACGACUCAUCAACAAUUGCAGUCGGCAAUCCGCAACUUGUUCCAUCCGACUCUUUUGCCAGUCCGAGGAAACGCCGACAAGUCCGACGCUUUGGAUGUACCGGUGCGUCAAACUGUGCGCAAUAUUGAGAAGAAGAUGACAGCAAUAAGUCAAGACAACAACAAUGAAAAUUACAAAUGUCUGGCCUUUAAUUUGCUCCAACGGGAAAAGGUGGACACCCCAACAGAUCAGCAACAGCAACCAACUCUACUGUCACGAAACGAGGUCAUUGCCAACUGUCACUCGGCAUUGCUGGCCGGCACGCAAACCAUUGCCACGACAUUGGCAGGGUGUCUCCUUCAUUUGGCAACGUUCCGUUCUACCGAAAACGCCGAUCGAUCGUGGUGUCGAGCGGUCGUGAAUGAAACGCUGCGCAUCCUUCCGCCUGUGGCGACGUUGCCCCGUUGUCCCGUCCAUGGGGACUUGCCCAUUCCUACUUGGACUGGUGAUCAUACCCUUCCGGAAGGAGGCGCACUGCUUCUGGAUGUUCUCUCCAUGGCUCAUUGUCAUCCACAUCAUCACCAACAGAGUGAUGAUGAUGAUGGCGACAACAACGCUGACGACCAAGAGAGAAAUAAUGACUCCAACGACAUUGACGAUUCCGAUACAUGGACCUUCUCUAUUGACAACAAUAACCACCAAACGAGGCGUGUACCGAAAGCGUACCCAUGGGGGUUUGGGGAUCGAGCAUGUCCUGCUGGGAACCUCUCAGUAUCUUGUAUUAGUGAAGUCUUGCAAGUCCUGCUCGCGGAAGGAUGGACAUGGCGUCUUGCAAACCAAGAGGAUCUAGGAUGGAUGACAACCGUCUCGUAUCAACCAACCUUGACGUAUCCCAAUCCACUCUGGUUGGUCUUGUCACAACAACAACAAUCCACGACGCAGAGCUAG